CAGUCUGAACCCCAGAUAAUCCACAAGGCACAAACGGCACUACUGAAAUGGUGCUCAAAAGCUUGAUUCGUCGUUUUUCUUCUUCUCCUUCUUCAUUCACAAAACCAGGUAAAUUGAUUACAACCAUACCACAAGAUUUAGUACUUAAAGUAACCCAGCUUGAGAAAUUCCUCCAAAAUAAUUGUAAAGAAGGUAAUAUCACUCUUGAUGAAGCACGACAUUUCUUUGGAUACAUGAUUCAUAUGCAACCCAAACCACCGAUUUCAUCGUUCAACCGGUUGUUUGGAGCACUGGCUAAGAAAAAGUUUUAUGAAGAUGUUAUUUUGCUUUACAAGCGAGUGGAUUCAAUGGGGUUGUUGCCAGAUCUUUUUACUUUGAAUAUUUUGAUUAAUUGCUUUUGUAAUGUGGGUCGAGUUUGUGACGGUUUUGUUGUUUUCGGGAGGAUUUUGACGCGGGGUUUUAACCCAGAUGAUGUGACUUUGAAUUCUUUGAUUAAAGGUUUGUGUUCGAAGAAUAGGAGUUUGGAGGCUAUGGAGUUGUUCAAGAAAAUGGCCGUGUUUGGGGUUAGGCCUAACGUGAUUACUUAUGGGACUUUGAUUAACGGGUUGUGUCGUACAAGGAACACGAGUGUUGCGCUUAGAUUGCAUGAAGAAAUGGUCGCUGGUAAUGGAGAAGGAGGUUUUAUUUGCAAACCUAGUAUUAUUUGUUAUGGUAGUAUUAUCGACGGUCUCUGUAAAGAUGGGUUGGUAGAUAAGGCAAAAGAAUAUUUUUUGGAAAUGAAGGGUAAGGGAAUUAAGCCAAAUGUGGUUGUUUAUAACUCUCUAAUUUGUGGUUGGUGUUUUGUGGGAAAUUUGGACGAGGCUGAGAGUUUGUUUAUUGAGAUGGCAGAUCAAGGUUUGCAGCCUGAUGUGGUGACGUAUAAUACAAUGAUAAGUGGGUUUUGCAAGGAGGGGAAGAUGGAAGAAGCUAAUGGGUAUUUGGAAUUAAUGAUCCAAAGAGGUUUGCAGCCUAAUGUGGUGACGUUUACUACAAUGAGAAGUGGGCUUUGCAAGGAGGGGAAGAUGGAGGAAGCUAAUGGAUUGUUAGAAUUGAUGAUUCAAAGAGGUUUGCAGCCUGAUGUGGUGACGUUUAGUACAAUGAUAAAUGGGCUUUGCAAGGAGGGGAAGAUGGAGGAAGCUAAUGGAUUGUUGGAAAUUAUGAGUCUAAGAGGUUUGCAACCAAACAUAGUUACUUAUAACACUUUGAUGGAUGGUUAUUGCUUGCUGCAUAGAUUAAAUGAUGCAAAGGAGCUGUUUUUUGUUGUUUUGGGGAGGAUUUUGAGGCGGGCUUUUAGACCAAAUGCUGUGACUUUCACUUCUUUGAUUAAAGGUUUGUGUUUAGAGAAUCGGAGUUUGGAGGCUAUGGAGUUAUUCAAGAAAAUGGCUGUGUUUGGGGUCAGGCCUAACGUGAUUACAUAUGGGACUUUGAUUAACGGGUUGUGUCGGACAAGGAACACGGGCGUUGCGCUUAGAUUGCAUCAAGAAAUGGUUGCUGGUAAUGGGGAAGGAGGUGUUAUUUUUAAGCCUAGUAUUGUUUGUUAUGGUAGUAUUAUCAGUGGUCUUUGCAAAGAUGGGCUGGUAGAUAAGGCGAAAGAAUUGUUUUUUGAAAUGAAGCGCAGAGGAAUUAAGCCAAAUGUGAUUGUCUUUAACGCUCUAAUUUACGGUUGGUGUUUAGUCGAAAAUAUGGAGGAGGCUAAAGGCUUGUUUGUUGAGAUGGCAGAUCAAGGUUUGCAGCCUAAUUUACUGACAUAUAAUACAAUUGUAAGUGGGUUUUGCAAGGAGGGGAAGAUAGAGGAGGCUAAUUGGUUGUUGGAAUUGAUUAUUCAAAGAGGUUUGGAAAUUAGAGAAUGCUAUCAGUCUUUACAAGGGAAUGAUUUCAAAGGGAAUUAAACAAAGAGUGUUUACAUAUGACACUUUGUUAACCAGUCUUUUUCUAUCAAAUAAAGUUGGAGAUGCACGGAAACUAUUUGAUGAAAUGAAACUUUAUAGUUUCGCACCUGAUUCGGUUACAUAUAAUAUUUUUAUUGAUGGGAUAUGUAAGAAUGGUUUUCUGGAGGUAGCAAAAUUGUUUUUUACUUGGAGAACUACUAGUUUAAAAUUGCCAGCCUCAUUGAUGGGUUGUGUAAAAAUGGAAUGAUCUAAAUUGCUUUGGAGACGUUGUGACAUAUUCCAUCUUCAUCUAUGGGUUUUGUGAAGAAGUGAAGUUACAAAAGUUCAUCAGAUUCUGCUUUCGGGAUGGAUAUAAUAAAGAGAAUACUGCAGACUAGGCAUCCAGUCAUUCUCAGCUGAUGAAAGA